AUGAAGCGCCACGAUAGCGCCGGCGACGCCAGCGCGAGCCCGUCGCCACUGGCGCCGUUGCCGGCGCCUGUGCAAGAAGCCGACCACGCGCACGACGGCAGCCGGACGAGCAGCAGCAGCAGCACUCCUGCCUCUCACCACACGCUUGAAAAGAGAGAGACUGCCAGCUGCGGCCGUACUCGGCAUAGCUUCCCCGGUGGCGGCGAGAACGCCGGCGACGAUGGCGUAGACGGCACGGAGAACGACAGCUACACGAGUUACUACGAGUACGACAGCAGCUAUGACGAGGAGAAUAGUAAUUUUGUUCACAGCGACAAAUGCCGUGGCAGCGACAGCGUAGAUGACGACCGAUUCUCGACGGCGGCCUCUCUGCUACCGCAGGAGGAUCUCUUGCGAUUUCUCAGCUACACGCUUGCCGGGGCCGCGCUGAAGGAUCACCGACUCAUGGCGAUGGAAGCGUUCCGCCACAUCCUUGUACUCGGCACGAACCAGGGAACCGUCGCAGUCGUCGAGCCGUCCUCCGGCAAACUCAAGGAGGUGUACACGAACCAUCACGAACCGAUCUGCGAUGUAGACUGCACCAUCAACGAGCUCUACAUAGCGGCAUGCGACAAGGCCGGGUAUGUCACGAUUCAAAGCCGUCGUGAUGUGAAGGACGUGUGGAUGGCGGAGCUGAGCGGUCCGAUCGAGUCUGUCGCCCUGCACCCGCUAUACCACAAGAUGGACAGCUGUCCGAUGGUGUGCGGCGGGGCGACCAAGGUACUCCUGCUCACCAAAGGUGUGCUGUGGAGCAACAGUCGGCGUGUCACGACUCUGCAGGAAGGACGCGGGCGCAUUCACAAGGUCCGCUGGUGUCACACGGCCGCGGUCGACGUUGUCGCGUGGCUAUCUGACGCGGAGAUAACGCUCUACAACAUGAAGAGCGGGGCCGUGGCGCGCCGCGUUUCUUUGCCCGGCCUCCCAGCACAGAACGCCUUGUACCCACCCACGCUGCGAUGGGAGCACAAUUUGUCGAGGGACCCGACCGCAGCUGCCACCUCGGCGGCCACGUUGCUGUGUGGAUGGGGCGACGUGGUGCAAGAGGUCCAGCUGCACGCCGACCCUCACGUGCGUCGACUCAGCGGCGGGGGCCUUUUCAGUGUAGAUCGGUCGCCUCGCUCCACCUUGUUGCAAGGUGGAUGGCGAGGCACGUCCUCAUCGCCAUUCCCGCUGCGCGCGUCAUUCGGCAGUGCUGCUCCGGCAUCAUCGCCAUCACCAACCACCGUGGCUGAGGCGGCUGGGCGGGCGCCGUGCGUUGUAGAGCUGCGCACGUCACAGCCACUGCGACCGAGCACUACCUUGUUCCCUUACCGAGUCUGCGGCAUUGCCCCCUAUGGACCGCAGCGGUACGUGGUUCUGGCAGGCAUCGUGGAGGGCGGCACGGAGGGGGUGCUGAAGGACUUGGAAGUGCGCGUGGUGGACCGCGACUCCUUGACCGACGUCUACCGUGGUCGCAUGCCCAUCCGCUUCAUCCAUCCAUUGCAGCUUCGUCUCACCUAUCUCGAGUUUCUGCCAUCGCUCGCUGCGAAGCCGGCGCCUGCGGCGUCGCUGCCCCAGCUCGCCUUGCCAACGGACCCGUUGGCACCGUCUCCCAUGAUGCAGUACUUCAUCCUUUCCGUCGACACAAUCGUGAAGGCGGUGCCGUCCGACAUUGAUGACCACGUCGAGUUCCUGCUGUGCACAAGUCAGUUUGAAUGCGCCUACCGGUACGCCGCGGCACAUGCGCGUCAGCUGCGGCGGCACGUCCUGGAGCACGUGGGACAGCAGUGGCUCAUGCAUCUCUUUCACAACCGUAGCACGGAGGAGGGGGCGUUGCUGAAGAUUGUCGAGCUGCUCCCGGAGCUGAUUCCGCGUGACAACAGCGCUGCGUGGGAGCAGUGGAUCUACCGCCUCGACACAUGUGGUGAGUCGUGGCGGCUCAUCGCGCUCCUGCCAGCCAGCACGGGUGCCUCCGCCGAGUACAAGGUGACCAGCACGCAGGACAUGCAGGAGGAGCAGGACGCGUAUGCCGAGCACGCUGACGCCGCGGCUCGGUCCCUCCCUCGCCCAGUCGCCACCCUGCAGACGCCGAUUCAGCGGGAGUACUACGAUCUGGUGCUGCUUCGCUGCCUCCGCCACGACCCGAGCCUCUUCUUUGCCGCGUUACACAAGUUUUACACACUUUUCAGCGUGCCUGUCGUACUCAAGGCGACGGAGGUGGUGUACCGAGAGCAGUGCGCCGCCGCCGCCUGGUGGGAGGGCGACAGCAGCGACGAGGAGAAGAACGAUAACGACGACAAGCAUGUGCAGACAAGGGACGUGACGGCGUCUAACGCGAGUCCUACACUCAACACCGCCUCUGCUGAUCAAAGUGGCGUGCCGCCGGGGGCGCCAGCUUCUCCUCCGCCGACUACUCCGCAAGGCACUUCGGAGGAGACGAGCGCCCCAAGGGCAGCCUCGGAUCCAUCUCAGUUGACCACGGCAGGUGCCGGCGCUGCGUCUGCCCCGUCGAUGAGCCGAACAUCGCGGUGGUCGUUGGUGGCCAGCUACGGCUUCCUUCUCCGAUGCGCACGCCGGCACGAGGAGGCGCUGCAAGUGUUACUGCACUUGCCUGCCUCUCCACGCAGCGACCGUGAAGUGUUUGGCCUCAUCCGUGACCAGCAGCUUUUCCACAAGGCGCGCGAGCUGCUUCCCGAGUUGCUGCACAGAAGGGAAGACGCUACUUUGCAGCUGCUCAUGGAGCACGUGGCAGAAGCGACAGGUCGCAACGGCGUAACAGACGGCGGUGACGCGGCACUGGUCUCCCAAGUUGUCGCCGCAGAAGCUGAUGGCACCGCGCCAUCUUCGCCGUCGCUGGAUGCGUUGCAGUACGGCUCUGCACAGGACCCACUCUGCACCGAGUCCGUCAUCAGCUGCCUCGAGAAGAGCGAUCGGCUGCACCUGCUGCGCUAUCUAAACCUCGUCCAAAGGCGUUACCCGGAGGUGUUUGCUCAAGCAGCGAAGCGGCACGCCCAGCUGGUGGCGACACUUUACAUCGACUACGACCGCCCCUCCCUGCUCCCAUUUCUCAAGCAGAUGUCCAUGUACGUGGAGCGCAUUCGUGAGCUGCACGCGCUCUGCCACAAACACCACUUCCUCGAAGAGGAGAUCUUUCUGCUGUUUCGCAUGGGCCGCGAGGACGAGGCGCUGCGCAUCCUUCUGGAAAGGAUGCACGACCUCCGACGCGCCUUGAAGUUUGUCGUCACCGUCCCCGAUCUCGAGGAGCAGGCGGCGCUGUUCACGCGACUUGUCGACUACACCGUCGCGUACAACGCGAGCCUGCCAACGGGCAGCCUCGACAGCGCAAAUACCGCCACGGGCGGGGCUGGGGCUCGGAUGCGCUACGUGAUGCACCACACCAAACCAAACGAAACGUAUGCGUCAAUCGCGGAGCAGUACCAUGUUGCGCUGGAGGACGUGUGCAAGGCGAAUGGCGUGGCAGGCGCGUCCGGCAGCGCUGUCUCGCCACCACUGUCUGCCGCCGUGGAGGCCUCGAAGAGGUGCACGAGUUGCAGCUCACCCUUGCAGGGCCAAGGAGAAGCCCAGCGGCGCGCAUCCUGCGAUGCGGACGCCUCGAAAGACCUGCCGGCUCCACCGCCACAGUGCGUUGUGCCGCUCAACCUCUUCGGCGACCUCCUCAGGAUCCUUGCAGAGCCGCCGUUCAUGGAGCAUCCCGCGUUGGAUGUGCGACUCGUUCUGCCGAAGCUUCCGAGCCGUGAGCCCAUCCUGCACGCCGGGCCCAGCAUUGCUGCCAUCGCACACGCCAUGGCGGAGGAGAUUGCGUUUUUCUCCACCGUAUGCAAGGUUGGCGAGAAUGACUUGAUGGGCUACUAUGGGCAGCUGCUGAAGCGACGCACGGCGGCCAUCGCGAUGGGUCGACCUCGCCACCCUGCCGAGAGCGGCACCACCGCCAUCAACGAGGCUGCUACUACGCCCAGACAUGCGGCUGCGGAAUUGGCAGAGGGCUCAUCGGUGGUGCACCGAUGCGCAGCUUGCCGCCAGCUGCUUGCGCAGCGGGUGGUUGUCUUUGCGUGUCAGCACAUGUACCACCCGGCCUGUGUGCUGCAGUACCUGAGGAAGUCACCGACGGACGCCUUCACUGGUGGGGGAGGAGCGGCCUUUGGUGGCCGCGCUGGGGGCGCCGUCCCCGUGAUGCGCGACGGCGCUGCACUGGCGUUGCCUGUGACAUCCACUGCGGCGGCAGGGGCGGAGACGAUGGAGGCGCAGCUCCGCAAACUGCCAGUUUACUGCCGCGCGUGCCGUCAACACUCGGGCGAGCAGAGUUGA